AAAAAAAGCAAUUCUAUAAUUUCCGUUAAAGCGAAUACACAAGUAAAAAUAUACUUUUCAUAAAACAGUCUUUGUUUCUCUCUUUCUUUCUUUCUUUCUUUUUCCUUUCCUUUUUUUAUAAGUUUGACAUGAGUGAUUUAGUUUCGCUUCGAAAAAAGAUAGAUUCGCUUGACACUACAAUUGUCAACAUUUUGAAUGAACGUGCUCGUGUUUCAUUAGACAUUGGUGCCGCAAAAAAGAAGAACAAUCAAAAUGAAGAAAAUGUUGACAAUGUUCAAGUGUAUAGACCUGGUCGUGAAAAAGAAAUUUAUGAAAAAUUAACUCGUAUGAAUGCUGGCCCUUUAAAUAAUGAAUCUUUACAUGCUAUUUUCAGAGAAAUUAUGUCUGCAUCAAUUGCUUUACAAAAAGAUGUUUCAAUGGCAUAUCUAGGUCCUCCUGGCACUUUUUCACAUCAAGCUGCUUAUAACCGUUUAGGUGAUAGUGUAGCUUAUGUUCCUCAAAAGCAAAUUGAUCUUGUUUUUGAAGCUGUUGAAAAAGGACAAACGACAUAUGGUAUUGUGCCUUUUGAGAAUUCUACUUUUGGUUCAGUUGUUGAGACACUUGAUUAUUUUAUUCAUACAUCAGUCAAAGUACGAGCAGAAACAUAUUUGACAGUUCAUCAAUAUUUACUUUCAAAUACAACUAAACUGGAAAAUAUUACAAAAGUCUAUAGUCACCCUCAAGGAUUAGGCCAAACUCAAAAAUGGCUAUCAACACAUAUUCCAAACGCUAAACGUAUUUCUGUGAAUUCAACUGCUGAAGCCGCUCAAAAAGCCGCUUUAGAAACUGGCGCUGCUGCUAUUUGUAGCGAAAUUUGUGCAGAAUUAUAUGGAUUAGAAGCUAUUGCGACUAAUAUUGAAGAUGUUACAGCAAAUACAACUCGUUUUCUAAUUAUUGGUACUGCAAGUGAUUCACCUACAAAAGACGAUCAUACGCUUAUUACAUUCACUGUCGAUCAUCGUCAACCUGGUGCCCUAUGUGAUGGCUUGAAAGUAUUUAAAGAUUAUGGUUUAAACUUGUUUAAGAUCGAUUCACGUCCAAGUCGUCAACGCCCAUGGCAUUAUGUCUUUUUCGUUGAAUGUUCAGGACAUUUUGAGAAUGACGAUAUUAAGAAAGCUUUAAAAGAUUUAGAAAAGUUUUGCUUAGAUGUAGUUAUCUUGGGUAGUUUCCCUAAUCAAAGACCAGAAUAAAUAUAUAAUGAUCUACAUUAUGCAAAUGAAGCCUGUUUCUUUUUCUUUUUAUUUUUUUAUAUACACACACAUAUAUAUAUAUAUAAAAAUGACGAUGAUAUCACAACGCAAUAAAAAU